AUGCACUCGAUCUCCUGUCUAUGUGCUGGAGUGACACAGCAGGUGCAGCUCGACCUAUCUACUAACAACGUGCUGAACCUCUGCCACUGCACAGCAUGCCAGGCCGUUUCCGGACAGAUCUGUACAUCUUACUACCUCCUGCAAGAAAAGCCACAACUUAAAGAUCUCGCCGAGUAUCACCAGACAGACUCGCUUACGCGCUUCUUUUGCGGAACCUGCGGUUCGCAUGUCUUUGCUUAUUCUAGACACACGGGCCGCUUUCUUGUCGCAUCCGGACUGUUAGAUAGCCCACCACAAACCAAGGGCGUAUGCCACUGGAAAGUCGACGACACACAGGACGGUGGCUUAUCUGCCUUUCUUUCUGGUGUCACAGCUAGAGCUGGCGCGCCAUGUUGGGUCGAGUGCUCGGCAGCAAGUCAAGACGCUACAGACAAAAUAAAGAACAAGAUACCAGACCCAGACCCCGCUCAACUUCUCGCUCGAUGCCACUGUGGUGGUAUAGAGCUCUGCAUUACCCGCCCAAACUCGACCUCUGAGGAACCAUGGUCGCCAUGGCCCGACUUGAUCAUCCCAUACUAUUCCUCGGUUUCGGCUGAAAACGACGAGGAUGUGAAGUGGUGGCUAUGUGCUGGGAAAACCAAGUAUAUGGCCGGAACCUGCGCUUGCCCAACAUGUCGCCAGGCCAGCGGUUUUCCUAUCCAGACAUGGGCAUUCAUUCCCAAAUCAAAUAUAUUGACUGCGAACAAAACAGAGCUAACCUUCGGCAUCGGCACAAUGAGGCGAUAUAAUAGUUCGCCUGGAGUCUAUCGGGAGUUUUGUAGCCGCUGUGGAGCAUCAGUUUUCUGGCACUGCGAGAAGAGACCACAGCUGAUUGAUGUAAGUGUCGGCCUUUUCCAUGCAGAGAGUGGCUCCAGGGCUGAAGAAUGGCUGGACUGGGUUACAUGCCGAACCAGCUUUGCCGAGAUGGCAGUGGACAGCCCGCUAAUCCAGCAGUUGGAAGCUGGUCUCAAGGCAAGAAGCAGGACAAAAAAUCCUGCGAUAUAA